GGAUUGUAAAUCUGAACUACAUAUGAUCUCCCCGGACCCAUUUAAGCUCUGGGGAUCGUGGAGUUGUAUGACUUAGCUCUGCCUGUAUGGUGAGCUGAAGGACUACUUUGACGAGGAUGUCAAGAUCUGCAUCGUUGUGACGACCCCUCGGUGGUCGUACCAACCGAGGCAGAAGUUGGGGUCGUAAAUAAGGAUACACAGAACAUACAGCUGGAACGGUCGUGCGGUCAAGAUUAGCCUUGCAUACUUGGCUCCCUGCGACACGAUUGGUCUGACUGUCGUGGUCGAGGUCGCAUUAAGACCUUGGUUUGACUUCAAUGAACCCACAAAUCUGCCUCUAUUUGACCCUAUUACUCCCUGAAUCAAUUUCGGGAGUCAGAGGCGGCGACCUUGCAGCCUCUGACUCUAGUGAGUACUUCGGCGUGAAUAAAGUUUAUUGCCAAGAAAUGUUUUCAGCAUCGGGGACGCAUUCGCCCAGUGCGACCACCUGUCGAAACUGCGAUUCAGUUGUGGAUAUAGAUGGUUUUCAUCCGUAUAUUUUGCUGAAACUCGCUCGAACCAUCGCUUGCCCUGAUGGACGCUUCGAUUGUUUGGAUGACGACGUCAAUAUUGGUGAUAUACCACUUUUCGUAAGCCCUCAUAAGUUCCGGUGAUUGGUAUUCGACGCGUCCGAUGAGAUCCUGUUGAUAUGCCGCGCCACAGGUGUCUCCUGAGCUGGCUAUGAAUGAUAACGAUAUUUCUGUGUGGAUUCACAAUGACGCUUAAGAGACCUUGGGCUGGAGGGCGAGAGAGAUAUUUGAGCAUCAAGUCCGUCAGCUUGAAUGUUGUAGUUGUGGUUAGUUCUCAUAAUCGUGACCACGUACUCUGUAGUAAGCCCGGUACCCUGUCGCUGAAUAGGUGAUUGCUGGCCUGGGUAUGUAUGG